UCACGAGCAGACGACAUUGAAGACGACGACCCCGUCAUCGCAGAAUACAAUGUCUUCAUCACACCACGCCAACUCGAGCAAAUCUACCUCCUACAAUACCCCAAUCGCAACCGUAGUCAAGCCUACAACGAUCGCAAUGGCGCACGACCUGUGGACUUCCGCCUAAAACCCCAAGCCGGAUUUAUGGAAAUGGAUAUCGGCAUGAACCCCAGCGCAAACUUCAACAAAUUCCAAAGUCUGGUCUGGGGCGAGGCGAUGAGAAAGUCCAAGGCUAAUGGUGGAAGUGCGACUUUUGGUGCUGCGGCAGGUUUUGCGCCGACUAAAGGAGGCAAGGGAAGGGCCAAGCAGGAGAAUGGUGAAAUGAGUGUUGAUCAGGGAUUGUCGCAUUUCCAGACCGCUAUCAGUAGGGAUGCAGUCUUCCAGAAGCAGACGCUAGGAGGGCAAAUUCUGCAGGAUGAAGCUGGCAACCCCAAUUAUAUGUUGGGUGCCUUCCGCGGUGAUGAACUCCACCUCACUCGCGUGGACGGUGUCGUGCAAAUGCGACCCCAAUUCCACCACGUCGACGCAAUCACACACGCCGAAACCGCCGCCCGCCGCACCGAAGCAGCAGAAACCUCCGGAUCCGGCCCCUCAGGCGCAGCCGCCCAAGCAAAACAACCACAAGCCCUCGCACUAGCUCAAACCUACAAAGACAACCGCGACGUCGAGAACCUAGAAGCCCUGAGAGCCAAAAACCUUCUCUUGAUAGCAGCAGAGGAGAAGUGGACGAGAUUGGAGUACUUUGAUGAGGAUGAGGAAGCUUCGUAUUCGACUUACCACAGUCGACUUUUUCACUCGGAUACUGGCUCGGCAACAUCGUUGAAGAGUCAGAUGAAGAAUGAGGAGUAUUUGGAUGCGAUUUCGGCACCACGAGUUGAUCCAUCAGGGAGAAAGAAGAAGAGGCCACUGACCAAGAAGCAGAUGGAGAGGAUCGAAGCUGCAGAGGAUGAUGUGGAAGUUGCUGGUGAGAUGGGUGGAGAGGUUGAGGUUGAAAUGAGU